AUGGAAUCUCCAGCCUCUGACGCCGUUUGUUUCCCGGCUUUAAUCAUGGAUCCUCCCAUUGUCGAUUUUACCUAUCGUGGCAAAUACGGCCAAUGGGAAUCCUUUGAUAUCCUUCAACAGAAAGCCCAUUCGAUUCAGAAGCAGCAGAGGGUAUACUGGACAGACAGAAUUGAGGCGAGAAUUAAUGAGUCCUUUACCUGCAAAAGUCCGAUUGUUGAGCAAUUGAGUGACGAUGGAUUAAACACUGGGGCCUCACUGCAAUGGAUUGAUCUCAUCAGUGCUGAUCUGAGCCAAGUGAGCCCGUCGAGCGAUGGAAAAUAUCGUUACAAUACGGGUGAGUUUCGCGUCGUGGUAACGCAAGAGGAUCGUGAUACACUUUGCUCUGCUUUCCUUCGGAAACUGGUCCAUUCCGCGGACCCUGAAGACCUGGAUGAAGAGAAAAAUGCCAGGGUGAGCGCCAAGACAGAUGUUCUUGGUUUGUUAAACGAAGUUCAUCAUGCUUCCGAGACCCUCCAGGGGGUUUUGGACUCUCUUGAAUUGCCAGGAAAAAUGAGAAAUGAUACCUUCCAUCCAUCAGCACUUUUAGCUCCACCUUGCAGUGAAUCGCCUGACUGCCAGACGCCUAAAAGCGCAAUUCCUGGCAUCAGCUCAGAACCUCCCGACGGGAAUGAAGCUUUACCAAACGAGGAACCCAAUCCGGUGACUGGUGACAAAGGGGCUUUGGCAUCCGAAAGAGAUGACCAAUCAAAAAACUCUGGAUUCCUCUUAUUUAGCAUGAGGAAAUCAAAAUCCAAGGCAUCCGAUCGCAGAAGAAAUGGAGGGCGAUGGAGUGUAUCCGAAAGAAAGGAUUUGAAAGAAUACAUACGUGGCCGAGAAGAGCUCAGUUGGCAGCAAAAGGUUGAUGGAUAUCGCCGACGCUUUGGAAGCCAUCGUAGCGAUGAUUCUAUCAAAACGCAGGCUCGACUCAUGGGAUUCCAUGUCCCUGAUCAGAAGAAGAGUAAAGUUGUUAAGCUCAAAACCCGUCUUCCGAGUGUUGACUCCAAUCGACUCGAGACGGCAGGAUCUAGUGCUAUGGAUGACUCCGAAACAGGUGAAAUUCUGUACAAGGAUGCAAGUUCCGGAUCACGGACUCCACAGUCGCUGAAUGCAUCGAAAACACCAGAUACAAGUGCUAGUAUCGGCGAGAUGCAACCCGUCGAGGCUACACCAAACCUUUUAGUCGAUGGUGGAGACAGCCUCUUUGGAUUACAUCCUUCAUUUAAUGGGCCCCAGAGGUCAAGGCGAAGUGCCUUGGAACAACUAUUGAACUGA